GGCACGGAGUACUCAGUUGUGAUUUACUGACCGCCAUUACCGGUAAUAUACCACAUUCAAUAUGUUAUUAAUGGAAUCCUAUAUGUGCUAUUGCUCGGUGCGUCUGGGCGUCAUAAUCGUUUCUGUUCUGGCUAUCAUCCGUGAAUUGGCUCAUAGCAUUACGCUUUUCGCGUUGGGAGUCAAAGUUUUUGAGCCUUUAAACGAUUUGUUCGAGCACGACGCGGAGUAUAAGAACAGAAAGUGGGUUCGAAAGUCCAUCAGUUGGAGUGAAGACGAUCCCGAGGUCUUAAGCGCAGUUGUUCACAUAAUAUCCUUUAUGCAUUCGGCUGCAGCCUGCUUAAGUAUUUAUGGUGCUAUCAAGUUACGAAAAUGGUUUCUACUGCCCUUGGCAUUCUUCGAGUUUGUCUACUUCAUACACAUUACUUUCCUUCAUAUUGUUCUGAUGAUCAUGCUGAAGAAGCAGAUUAACUUGGGCUUCCUCAUCAUUCUCACUCUUUUGGGCUGUUUUUAUAUAUUGUUUGUGGGCUACAAUGCCUGCACCUGCGUGGCCAUGUUCCAGAUCAUCGGGCUGGUGAAGAGUGCCCGCUACUGCGAGCUCUACGGAGACGAUCCCUUCCAUCCGCUGGCCAUGAGGAGCAAUCGAUCGAAGGAUUCCGAGAAGCCGCUUCACGUGCUGCGAAUGCACGAGAUGCACGACACAAACAUCGACGAGGAGAAACGACUGAGCAAGCUGGGCUUGUGGCCACGUCGUCAGCCGCCGGUGGUGUCCGUCCUGCCCGUGCAGGCAGCUUAUCCGCAUCCACCGCUGAAGUGGUGGCAGCAGCAGGCCCUGAGCACCGGAGAUGACCACCAGUCGGAUCCGUCCGUCUAUCGCAACUGGCACACCAACGAGCUACUCAACGGAGUGGGCGGCGAUUUCCAGCGCAAGAGUGAGCUGAAUCGACGCUACGCGGAAAAUCAGUUGCACCGAUGGUACUGAUGGUGUGAUCACUGGUCACAGGAUAACAGGUUGAGAGUUGGUUAAUCUAAAAAAAUUAACAUUUAAAACAGUUUCAUAGCAAACCUAAGCAACUCUUUUUAGCUGUCUUAUCAAACUUUGAAACUUUCAAUUUUAUUAAGUAAAAAAGAAAUACAGAUUGUGAAGUGUAAAGGUAACUUAGUAAGACAUAAGAUCCGAUCACAAACGUUAAACAAUUUUGCAACUUCUCUGAACAUUUUUGUUACCACAAUUUUGAAACUUUUAUUCCCAAAGCAAACAGCGUGAAUAUAACAAGCCCUAUCUGCUUAUUCGAUAAGUCUUCGAUUCCUGUGCUCAGCACUUUACCGAGCUAUGCAAUUCAGCAAGCUCCGUCCCAACCAUAUCCUUGACUCCCCAGCAGGACGAAAGUUUCCAUCUCCCUGGAUUUUGUUGCCUGGGCUUUUGGCGGGCACUUUGCAUAAACGGCACUACAGAUUAUGCAACUCUGUCUGGGAGACACUUUGCAUAUCCUCGACCAGGAAGCGGGAUGCUUCAAUGGCCGGUUCGACUUACAAAUGCUUUUCCCAUUUUACAUUCCCAACCAAGUGCACAGCGACCGGAAAAGCGGGGGAAAAGCGAGGGAAAAGCGGGGGAAAAGCAAAAGAGCAGACAGGGAUGGAGAUAUUCGGUGGACCAUUCUAUUGUGUUGGCCAAACGACAAAAAUCAAAAUACUUAACAAUUGGUGACGCUGGCAAUGGAGCAUGAGUCGCAGUGGAUAAUGCUAGGAAUGCCCGGCUGGCAUCCGACGAUAUCCUCGAUUUCUCCUCUAUUUUCUCAAUGUUUCUCUGAGCAUCUGCCAACGAAAAUCCGGGCCACAUGGACAUGACUGGUGCCCAGGAGAUUUCAGCGAUAUGUGUUGACACUUUUGUUGACUGCUGGCAUUGAAGCCUGUGGGAAUGCAGCUUCUGUUCUCACAACUUUUCUAUAAUUUAAUUAAAAGUUUUUCGGAAAAUAUUGCAUUCUGUUGAAAAGUACUGAAUACUGAGCAAUUCCAUUUAUUAGCUGAUAUAAGCUAAUAGUGCCUUAAAUUCAAUGAUUCAACUCAUGAUAUUGUUACAUACAUUAGUACUAUUUUUUCUUUACUGGCCUGGCUUCACCUUAGAAUAGUCUUAGUGCGCUAUAAGCUUCACUAAUCCUUUCAUCACCGUCUCUGGGGCAAACGUUUCUCUGACGCUUCUUGGAGUACAUCAACAAAGUCCUUAGGACACGACUAGGAUACACGUAAGGCGAUACGUGUCGCUGAUUAUCUGCCGUGUGCUUAGCACUGGAUUAAGCUGCCAAAAAACGUGGUGUGGAUGCCAGGAGGUGAGAUCUGUCGACGGCAAAAUACUUCAGGAGCGGAACCUCAAAAGAGGGUAUCAGAUAGGAUGUACCUUACAAAUCCUUGUAAGCAGUUCUUGAUUAUUGAUUAAUGACCUGCAAAACUCUCCUAAUCAAAUCAAAUAUAAAAGUACAUUUUCUAUGAUAGGCGCUCCGCAGUUUCCAAUCCGCUCCUGGUUAAAUAGAUGUAAAAAUGUGUAAUCCUGGCCAGGCUCAACAAGUAGGUGAGAGUUGGAGGUGGAAUGUAACCGUUUGACUAGUCGAC